GCAUACAACUAGUAGUCCCGCCUUCGGACCGCAAUGCUCUCCGCAAUGCUCUCCGCGCGCAGUUUUCGGCGCGGGCGGGAUUCACUCACGCACACCACAAUUGGAAGCGUCUAGAAUUACAUCGUGUCGUGAGACAGACGUCUCUAAAGCCUCGUAAUAGUGCCGUGAAAGGUAGCACUAAUAGUGGCGUGGAAGGGUCAUUUAGGAGGAACGUUGUAGUGGCUGCCGCUGCAGGAGGUGCCACUCCACAGGGGCCUUCGUCCCGUAGGAACGGGUCCUUGCUUUAUAGCACUAGUAGUGGCGUGGAAGGGUCAUUUAGAAACGCUGGAACGGGUCCUUGCUUUAUAGCACGAGUGGUAGUGGCGUGGAAGGGUCGUUUAGGAAGGCUAUAGUGGCUGCCGCUGCAGGGCGUGCCACCACUCCACAGGGGCCUUCUUCCCCUCCCGACCCUCCUCCCGAUCCGCCUCUUUUCUCGCUGUGGCCCAGACCUCCUGGCAGUGACGUUGAGGAUGGAAGUAGCAGUGGUAACCCCAUUGACGAUGAUGACAGCAGCAGUGACGACGAGAGCACCAUCGGCAGCAGCGGUGCUGCCGCCAGGGCGAAAGGCUUUGGAGCGACAGCAGCAGGAAAAGCACCAGGGAAGAAAGGCGGUGGCCGAAGGGGGGGAGGAAAACGGGCGAAUGCCCCUCAGGCAAUGCCUAAGGGGGCGGUGUCCAGAGCACAAGUCACGGAUCCCCGUAAAAGGGUUCCUCCUGAGUCCGUAACCAGGGUAGGCGGGGUAACCGGGGAGAAAGGGGAGGGGGAAGAGGUGAACAUGAUGGAUGCGUUUUCAGACCUUAAUUAUGACCAGCAGGUGGCGGCAGCAUGGUAUCUGGGUCUGCCGAUACCGCCAAGGGCGGACGGGAGGGAACCAAAAAGGCCGAGUGAUGCUGAGAUGUUUCUCCGAGUGUUCGGCGGCAGUCUCAAGCUGACUGGGAUCAGCAUCGGCAGGAGGAAGGCGAGUGGCGGCGAUGGUAGUGGUGGGAGUGAUGGUGAGGAGGGGAGUGACCGCGAGAGGGGGAGAGGCGGCGAGAAGGGGAGAGACAGCAGGGAAGUCACGGUGCGGAGUGGGGAGCGAGAGUUUGUUCUGAUGAGCGAUAGGAAUGAGCUUAGUGAGGCGGAUUUGGCGGCUAUUGAGGCGGAUCUUGCGGCUUACGUUGACUUUGCGAGCAGUAUCGAUUUUGAGCCUGGCAGCAAGCAGGGUGACAGGGACAGGGGGGGGGACACCAUCAGCAACAGCAUCAGUGCAGUCAGUAGCAGGAGCAGCAGGAGCACCAGCAGCAGCAGCAGCAGUGGCAGUAGCAGUGGUGGCAAGGGGCUGUUCGGGUUUGGGGGAGACGUGGCACGAGGAUUAUCCGACGCCGUUCAAUGGUUCAAGUCUGUUACCGCUCCCGACCCCACAAGACCACUUGAAGCCACCACUGAACCGCCCCUCCCGUCCGACCCAACCAAGUUGCAAAUCCCCAUUGCUGAUCCCCGCUCCCAGUCUGCUCCUGCCAAACCACCACUUGAAGCGACUCUGAAACCGCCGCCCCUCCCAUCUGACCCUAGGAAGGCACUUGAACGGACCACAGUUUCCCCUAGUUCGUCUUCCGACUGUAUCCAACGGACGGAGGCUGCUGCCAUCUCGUCGCCAUUGCCACCUCCAUCUGUGCCCUCCUUCCCAUCGGACCCUAGCACACUUGAACGGACCACAGUUUCCCCUAGUUCGUCUUCCAACCGUACCACUGAGAAUUCUCAAAAAUACCCGACGGAGGCUGCUGCUAUCUCACCAACGGCACCUCCGUCUGACCCCAGUGAGUCACUCGAACUGACAAGUGAAUCCCCCCUCACGUCUGAUCCUGGUUCAUCUGGCCGCGUUACCCUGGUGAAGGGUCCUAUUGACUCGCCAAUACCACCUCCAUCGGACCCCAGCGAGUCACUCGAACAGGCAAGGAAACCCCCCCUCACUCCUGGUCCUACGAGCCCGUUUGCAGCAGCAAGUGAGACGGCCUUACGAUCAGAGCCUAGCACCUCACGUGGUGCCACCACAACCGGACCCCCCCUCAUGCCUGGUGGCUCGACUGGCCCCUUGGGAGCUACAGGUGAGCCGCUCACACCAUCCGGCCAUAGCACUGCGCAUGUUGCCACCACAACCGAACCCCUCCUCAUGGCCUCACCAGCAGCAGCCACGGAAGCAGCAGCUUCAUCGGUGCUAGCAGUGGCAUCGGGAGAAGCAGCGGCAACGGAAGCAGCAGCAGCAACGGCGGCAACAGAAGCAGCAGCAGCAAUGGUGGCAAUGAAAGCUGCAGCGGCAACGGCAUUAGGAGCAGCAAGUGUAUUAGAGGCAGCAUCGGCUGGAAAUCCGCGGAUUGGAGAGGGGAAGGUGCAGGGAGGGGGGUCAAAAGCAGAGGGGAGGGUGGAAGCAGAGGGAAGGGGGAAAGAAGAGGAGCAAGGAGGUUUAGAUAUUCAAUGGAAGGGGCCUUUUGAUGUGACUGUAAUGGAGGGUGUUGCAGAGGGGGAGGGGAUAAGAGUGGUGGCCGAGGGAGGUGUGAGGGAGGGGGAGAGGAGGAGAGGGGUCGUGGAGGGAAAAGAGGAGAGGAAUGGGGAGGAGGAGGAGAGAGAGGAGGGGGAAGAGAGAGGAGGAGGAGAGAGAGAGGAGGGGGAAGAGAGAGGAGGAGGAGAGGGAGAGGAGGGGGAAGAGGAGGAGAAAGACGAAGUGGGAGCAGAAGAGGGAGAGGAGGAAGGUGGGUUGGUGGCAACAGCAGAUAGCAGUUCAAAGACUGCGGGUGCGCAAGAGAAGCGAAAGGAAUGGUUGAGGAAGGAGAGGAAGGAGGCGAGAGAGGAGGAGAGAGAGGAAGAGGAGGAGGGAGAAGAGGAGGAAGAGGAGGCGUACGAGGAAGAAAGUGGGCCGUUGGCAGUAGCAGAUGGCUGUCUGAAGGGGCGAGAGAAGCAGAGGGGGUCGAGCAUCGAGUGGCUGAGGGCGGAGAGGAAGGAAGCGAGAGAGGAGGCGGGGGCGCAGGAUGGAGAGGAGGAGGCGGAGGAGGAGGAGGUGGGUUGGUGGCAGUGGCAGACGGCAGUUUGAAGCAGAGGCGCGGGUCGAGCAAGGAGUGGCUGUGGCUGAGGGCGGAGAGGAAGAGAGAGAGGCAGAGGGAGAGACGAGUGGUGCUGCUGGCGGCACAGCUGAAAGAGGAGCUGGAGAGACAAGGGCGGGAGAUGCGGAGUGAGGUAAGGAAAGGGGGAGACGUGAGUGAGGAGGGAUCUUCAACGAGUGGUGUAACCGAGAGGGAGGUAAAGGAGGUGGUUAGGAUCCAGGAGCGGAUGGAGGAGGAAGGCGAGGUGACGAGAGAUUUGAGAGGAAGGCGCGGCGGAGGGACAGGCUUCAGGGAAGGGCUGCUGCUGGCAGCACGGAAAGACGGGGAGGAUAG